AGCCCCUCCCUCUGCAGCCGCGUGCAAAUCUUUGCUGUAAACUCGCCCAAACGCGACUAUAAGACAAGUUUUAAAGAUUUUUAACCGCCUCAACACACACACACUCACAUACAGUUAAUACCCACGGAUGAAUGUGAAUUAAAACGUGAUUUUUCUCCGUGCACGUCUUUGCUAAACAUGGGGGUCCUUUAAGACUGGAAGGGGAGGAGGCUAAUGAAAGUAAGGAAAGGAGUGGUUGUAACAGCAUUAACAGGUUAGGGGAGAAAGAAAAGCCUGCACUUGAUUUCCUUCGGUUCAGUUGUGUCAUUGGGUUUUGGCUGUCGUCAACCAUCAAACAGUGAUUCGGGAAGUGUGACGUAGUUUCUCCAGUUAAGACGGAACCGCUCCUGAACAUGUCCGCUCCGGGUUACCCAAGCCCCUCCCCUUAUGGAGACCCCAAUCAAGCGCCCCCACCCGGCUUUAACAUGGGCUACAACCAGGGUCCUCCUGUGAUGUACCAACCGGGCCAAGGACCGGAGUAUGGUCCCCCACAGGGCGGGAUUGCCCCAGCUCCCAUGGUGCCUGCUGGCGUUCCACCAGGACUUGAAUACCUGUGUCAGAUCGACCAGAUUCUGAUUCAUCAAAAAGUUGAGCUACUGGAAGCCUUUAUUGGUUUCGAGACCAACAACCAGUACGAGAUAAAGAACAGUCUGGGCCAGAAGAUUUACAAAGCCAAAGAGAAGAACGACUGCUGCACCAGGAACUGCUGCGGCGCCCUGCGCAGCUUCGACAUGAAGAUCAAGGACAACGCCGACCGAGAGGUCAUCCGCUUGAUCCGGCCUUUCCGCUGCGUGUCCUGCUGCUGUCCCUGCUGCCUGCAGGAGAUGGAGGUCCAGGCUCCACCGGGCACCACCAUCGGCUACGUGAAGCAGGACUGGCACCCCUUCCUGCCCAAGUUCUCCAUCCAGGGAGCCAACAAGGAAACCCUGAUGAGACUGGAGGGGCCCUGCUUCGCCUGCAACUGCUGUGGAGACGUCAACUUUGAGCUGAAGGGAAAAGACGACGCACCCAUUGGUCGCAUCAGCAAGCAGUGGAGCGGCCUUCUGAAGGAGGUCUUCACCGACACGGAUAACUUUGGCAUUCAGUUCCCUCUGGAUCUGGACGUGAAGAUGAAAGCCGUCCUCAUGGGCGCCUGCUUUCUGAUUGACUUCAUGUUCUUCGAGAAAGUCGGAGAGGCCAACCAGCGCAGCUCCGUGUUCUCGUAACCGGACAGCAAGUCUCACCUCUACGCUACGCUAUCCUCAUCGUUUGAUGCUAAUCCCAAAAGCCCCUCAUAGGCAUGUCUUUAUAGUUGCCAGAUAAUCAACUGUUCGCUGAAGUUGUGAGUGUGUAUACGUACUGUUUUACGGUUUCAUUCCACACAAUCUGCCAAUCUACUUUAAAGCCAAAUCUGCUAAAGUCGGUGGAUCCACCUCUGACAUUUGCUUCCCCACUGAAGCUAAAUUAGAUCGAAAAAGCCUUUUAGUUAUUUUUUCAGUUUGUUUUCUGUUGUCUUGUAAAAAUCUUUUUUUUAUAUAUACCUCAGAACCAGAUGAAUCCAUCAGUCUCCGACAUUUCCAGCAGCAGAACCAAAACGCAGGAGGAGAGCUCAGAAAACAUCUCAGCAUUGAACUUAAACCACUACUAUGCCUUAGAUUAACCAAAAGGAAAGACAGUAACUUUUUUUUUAAUCAAUCUAUAGUGAGGAAGUUAAAGUUAAAGUAGUAAGUUGUGAUGAAUGCUAACUCUGUUUACUAAAGUUCCUCUGCUUUGUUGUUGCCUUCUACUUCUCUCCUGAUGUGCAUUUAAAGGAAAACUAUUGUAAAUACUAUCAUGCUUACUUCCUAGUUGCUAACCUCAUCUCGACCGGAAGCAACUGUGUGAAAAUCAGGCCAGGAAUACUGCCAGCUUUGAAAAGCAGACAUGGGUUGAAGUCUAAAAGCUGUCCGAUCCAAGGAAAUUCAUCUAACCUUUGCACCCAUUCAGUCUGAUGAUAAUCUGCAAAGAAUUGAACACCUUUUCUACUGUUUCUCUCCUAUUGUUAGGAACAGUGUUUUUUAUUAUUUACUGAAGAUAUUGUAUGUGAUGUAUUUCAGAAGUAAACCAGUAAAAAUGAGCGGUCUGGUUUGUUUUUGCUGUUGGUGGAAAACUGGGAUUGGAAUGUGCGGAUUAUUGUUUUCCCUAAUGGUGG